AUGCCGCGGCCGAAGACGCCAAAGAAGCCCAGCAGCCUGGGGGCUUUUCCGGCUGCAGGUCCAACAUCGCCGCCACAGACGCCGAGAACGGCCUCACCUGCCAACAGUCGCAACAAGGGUCCGGCCGCUCGAGGGCCUCAGUCAAAGAACCAAGCCCGAUCCAUGUCGAAACAGCCGAACCUGCAGCCUUUCGGUGACGGACACAAUUUCAGUUACCGUCCAGACUCUGUCCGUGCCGACCAAUUGUCGCCGCGGUCUUCCUCCUCGGCAAGCGGCGGUGAGGACUCGGAUGCGGAGUCUUCCGAGAGCGACAGCCCCCCUCGCUCCCUCUGCUCCGACCGGCCCAAGCCAAGCCCCUCGCCAGUGCCCGUCCAGAUCCAGACUACUACUGCGAGGGUCAUUACUGAAGCCACUUUCGUCUUGGAAGAGCUCGACGACAGCGAUGACGACGAUGAUGACAUAGAGGUCAUCCGCCCCCACGCCAUCGAGUACGCCGAGUCGGAUCGAAGCCGGUCCCGCUCACGCGCCCCCAGAGAACUCGAUCGCAAGAUGAUGGACGAGCUGCGCAACCUCAAUUGCAGCACGUCCGAGUCGGAGGCAUCGGAUGACUCUGACGACUCGGAUCUCGAGGAAGACGACGAGAUGCAGGCGUUCCUGCUCAAGCAGCGCGAAGAAAAGCGCCGGAAGCGGAUGAGCCAGGGCAGCGUGAGCAAGCGCACCAUCAGCGAGAGCAUCGGGAGCGGCUCCGACCGGGAAGACAUCCGUGACUUCCUCGAUGCUUCCGAGCUGGGCUCCAGCGCCCGCCGGCUCCGCCGAAAGGUCGGGAACCGCCAUAGCCUGCAGUUCGCCGACCCCCCACCCCCGCCCAUCCAUGAGCUCGACGAGCCGGACAGCAGCGACGACGACAUGCUCGAGGUCGCCGAGGUGCUGGCCAAAGAGCUCCCAUAUUAUCACUAUAUCAGCAUGGAGGUCGAUUCUCCGUGA